CUCACAGUCGAAGCUUUAAUAGAGGAAAUAAAGAGCUGUGUGAGUCUUUGCCUUCCUGGACCAAAUGUUCUGCUGCUGUUAGUGAAACCUUCAGAUUUAACUGAGACGGACAGGAAAACACUGAAGUUUGUCUUGAGUUUGUUUCAUCAAAAUCCGAUCAAGCAUGCCAUGAUUGUAUUAACUCAUGAUGAAGAAAUUAAUCCCUCUGUUAAUGAACUGCUGGAAGAAUGUGGUGGAAGACACUACAGCAUGUUUAAAGAAAGUCAAGAAACGUUAAUGCAGAAGAUCCAAAGCAUUGUGGAUAGAAAUGGAGAAACAUUUCUCACAUUCUCAGAAAAGACCAGCAGAUCCCAAGAAAACCAAAUGAAACCUUCACUGAACCUGGUUCUGUUUGGUCCAAGUGACCCACUGAAGAUGUCAGCAGCCAAGGUCAUUCUAGGUCAUAAGGAUCUUCCUUCACAGUGUGUCAGAAACCAGGGAGAGGCGUUUGGACGUCGGGUUUCUCUGGUGGAGCUGCCUGCCUUGGAUGGAAAAGCUCAGCAGGAAGUGAUGGAGGAAUCCUUCAGGUGUGUCUCCCUCUGUGACCCUGAGGGUGUCCACGCCUUCAUCCUGGUCCUACCUGUGGGUCCCCUCACUGAUGAAGACAAGGGAGAGUUACACACCAUSCAGGACACAUUCAGCUCCAGAGUCAAUGACUUCACCAUCAUCCUCUUUACUACGGAAUUAGACCCUGCAGCUCCAGCUGUGGGUAACUUUAUAAAGGAGAACAAAGACAUCCAGGAUCUCAUUCAGAUCUGUAGAGGAAAAUAUCUUGUUCUCAACAUCACAGACAGACAGAAGAUCCCAGAACUGAUAGAGAUGGUGGAACAUCAGAGCUUUUUUAAGUCCAAAGAUUAUACAAAGGAUAUGUUCACCAGAGCUCAGAUGGAGAGGGUUGUAGGACAGGAAAGGUUUAUUGCUGAGCUAAAAGAUGAGCUGCAGAAGAUCAAGAAGAAGAAUGAAAUGGGAAACGAUCCUGGAGAGUUGGGUCAGGAAUGCCUCAGGAUGGUGCUAAUUGGGAAAACUGGCAGUGGAAAGAGUGCAACUGGAAACAACAUUUUGGGUGAAGGACAUUUUAAAUCUAAAGCCAGUGGAAAGUCGGUCACCAAGUUUUGUGAGAAAGCAAAGGGAGAAGUUGAUGGUCGGCCCGUUGUUGUUGUCGACACGCCUGGUUUGUUUGAUACGACUGUGUCCAACAGUGAAGUGGAACAGGAACUGGUGAACUGCAUCAGCAUGUUGGCUCCUGGACCCCAUGUGAUCCUGCUGGUCCUGCAGAUCGGACGGUGCACUGACGAGGUAAAAAAAACUGUGGAUCUGAUCAAGAAAUACUUUGGCAAGAAUUCACAAAAUUUCAUCAUUGUUACAUUCACCAGAGAGGAUGAUUUAGAGCAAAGUUUUGAGAGUUACAUCAAAAACGACUGUGAUGACUUUGUCAAAAAGCUGAUCCAUGACUGUGGGGGAAGAUGCCACGUAUUUAACAAUAAAAAACCACAGGAUCGUUCCCAGGUUAGGGAGCUGCUGAGGAAGAUUGACUUAGUGGUCACUGAAAACGGUGGAGGGUGUUACACCAACGACAUGUUCCAGGAAGCUGAGUCAGCAAUAAAAAUGGAGGUGGAGAGAAUCCUGAAAGAGAAGGAAGAAGAGAUGCAGAAAAAGAAAGAAGAGCUGGAACGAAAACAUAAGGAAAAAAUACAAGCAAUGGAAAAGAAGAUGGAGGAGCAAAGAGCAGAAAUGGAAACGGAGAGAAAACUGAGAGAAAAACAACUUAAAGAUAUGGAAGAAAAUAUAGAUAAAGAGCGAGAACAGAGAAAGAAAGAACAAGAAAUGAGGGAGGAAGAAGACAAUGUGAGAAAAGGGCUAGAGGAAAAGGAGUGGGAAGAAAAACUAGCAGAUCUUGAGAAGAAAAUAAAAUCAGAAGAAGAGAAAAAGGAAAGUACUGAUCAAGAGUUGAAGAAGAGCAAAGAAGCAAUACGAAAGGAGCGGGAAAACUGGGAGAGCGAAAGAAAUGAAUGGUGGGAAAAACGAUAUCAAGAAAACAAAGAGAGACGUCGACAGGAGCAAGAAAAACUCAGAAAACUUCAAGAGGAAUAUGAGCUUGAAAGAGAGAAGGAUCGGAUAAAAAGCAAAGAAGAAGAUCGCAUCAGAAAGGAACAAGAAGAGAGAGAGAGAAAAGAAUUACAGGAAACGUAUGAUAAAAAACUGGAAGCCAUAAAAAGUAAAUAUGAAGAAGAAGCCAGAAAAAAGGCUGAAGAAUUCAACGAGUUCAGGCAGAAAUACACCAAAGAUUUUACAGCUCUGGUGGAAAAACACAUGGAGGAAUUACUGGAACUGAAACAGAAGCAUAGAACACAAAUGGAAGAGGCAGAAAAUAGUCAUAGUAAACAAUACAACCUGUUAGGGGAGCUGUCUCAGCACAAAGAGAAAACGCUUAAAGCAGAAAUAGAAGACUUAAGGAGAAAGCAGGAUCACGAAAUAGAAGAUCUGAAAAAGAAUUACCAAAAGUCCUGUGUCAUCCUCUGAUUCUAAUUAUUGAACUCUAGACUAAUUAACCACAUCAAAACUAAAGUCCAUCAGUCUCUCUAAAGGACAAGAGCCUCUGAUGUGGAGGUGAACAUGUCGAGGUCCCGGUGCUCAUGUUUAUUCCACAUGCAGAUGUUUUCAACCAAGUUCCCUUAGAAGAGAUUAAAGUCUGUGCUGUCACUGAUCCUCCACUUAUUUUUUACAGUUACAAUGAGUUUUGUUCUGUUUAUGUGUCCUGUAUUUGGUUGUCAAUCUUAAUCUUGUCUAACCAAAGUAAACUCCACGUUUAUGUUUUUUAUGGUAGAAUUUAAAAGUCAUUUUUCUUGUUUGCAUCCAAAACAGCCAGUUUUAAAGUUAAAUUGGGUCUAAACUGGUUUAGAUCAUCUUUGGUAAACAGGAAUUACUUGGUGUCAUUUGAUACUUUCAAAUCUUGAUGAGGAAAAAUCAAUUAUGGGUUUCCUCAUGUAUCUAUUAACAUCCACUGAUCCUCAGUAGUACUACAACAUUUUCUACCAUUAAGUUGUGUGCUAACGAAACACAACAGUAGCACUUUAUUUGAUGGAGUGCAUAACACUAACAUGACACUGUUAUAAACGUGAUAUAACAUCUGUCAUUACCAUAAAGGAGUCUUUAUGAAUGUUUAUGACUGUUGUCAUGAAGUGUCAUUCAGUAAAUAAUGACAUUUUAGAGAGUUGACAUUAAUCAAAAUGUCUUAUGACAACUUGUCAUUAACCAAGAAUCAUCAUCAAUCAUAAAUAUGUCAUAAUAGCUAAUUAUAAAACUUUAAAAAGUGAUGUAUCUUUGUGUAUUGUUACAUUACUGUCAUUUGUUGUUUGUCUUAACUCUGACAGUUACAAGCUCAUUAUAAUAUAUAAUAAAUAUUAUAUAAUAUGGCCCAAGGUUCUCAACUGUAACCGCUUUCCUCCUGAGGAAGACAUGUGUCUAACCCCCCCUUGCUAAAUUUAGCUGCUUUAUGAAAGGUGAAGAGCAUAAAAUGACAUUUUUAAUCCUUCAUUUUAUAUAUUAUAUAUUAUGUGUGGUUAAUAUUUUCCCUUAAACACUGGACUGCUUACAGAUGUCAUUAAUAAGCGUUAUCACGCUGCCAAAAGCUUUAAGAAGACAGUCGUUAAAAUGUCCCCCUGCCUACAUUAACCCCCUACACCAUCAGACAGUUAAUGACUCUGUUAUUAAAUCAUUUGACAGAGUAAUAAAACUUAAUGAAAUCUUUAUUAUUGGACCUAUUUCUUCCACUUUAUUUCAGGUACCUUAUUUCCCCUUACCUGAAAUAAAUAAUGUCAACUUUGCAUUAACUUUGCAGCUCAUCAAAAAGACUCUUCAAGAAGCAUUGAGUUUCUUUUCUCUCUGACUCUGGAACAAACUCCCUGAAAACAUGAGAUGCUUAGAAACUGUUGCUUCCUUAAAUCAAAUCCAAAACAUGUUUGUUUGCAGCAGCUCCAUAUAAUUAACAGGUCUUGACUCAAUAACAAAAUCUGAGAUUUAAAACAUUACAUUUUUAAAUUAGUUUCUUUUUAUGCAAAGUGUUUCAAAGUCAUUUUGUAUUUUUUUAUUCUUUUUCUUUUACUUUGUGUACAGCUGUUUGUAUUGUCCAGUGAAUAACUGCUGUUAUAUAAAUACACUUAUUAUAAUAAACCAUGAAAAAUCUGUUUAAAAACCACAUUUCAAAUCUUCAGGCUCCUUUGAAUUUGAUAGACGUUUAGAAAGAACUAAUGUGACAUUCAGAUGUUUCAGCUUAAGAAAGUUAAAUAAUUGUAAUGACUUUAUAGGACGUGUAACAUCUAGUUCUUAUAAAAAAUAUAUUAAGAUUAGAAUUUCAGAUAAUUAACAAAUGCAGUGUUAAAUGGGUCACCUGGCCAUUUAUCGUUCAUUGCAGGUGGACAUGUGGCUUCAAGUGAUUAAAAUGUCCUUUUGAAAUAAAGUCCAGGAAGAAAGUAAAGUUUAUUCAUAAACUUUCACAAACCUAAUGUCACAAAACACUGCACAACAUAAUAUUUAGGUUAAAUGUAUUAAAACAAGAAUAAAAAGCACAGUUAAGUCAUCAAAUAAAGACCUGGAAGAAAAAAAAUUACAGGGUUUCAGGAAUAAACAUUUAAACCCAUUUAUAACAUUUAACAUUUAACCCCAUUCAAAUCCAGAAAUUAUGAGGAAAAAGAUAAUGAAACAUUUAAGAAUCUGAACUUUGGACCAGCAGAAAAAUCAUCUGAAAAUGAAAGAACAGAUUGGUUUUCACUCAUGUUGUGAGGGAAUCAAUAAAACUUUGAACAAUCUUUACUGCCCCUGUUGCUGCAAUAUUUACAUAAUUGUGUUGAAUUCUGGGGUAAACUGAAAGUGCAACACUGCCACCAUCUGGUCUGGAGUGUGAACUAGAGCUGUUCACUAACAGAUGUUGCAUCAUAUCUGAAGAUGGAUUCAGUAAAGAGACAGCUUCUGUGAUUUAGU